AUGCCGCCCCGACGCUCGCACAAAAAGUCUCGCGCCGGGUGUCGCAGGUGCAAGCAUCGCAAGAUCAAGUGCGAUGAAGUGCACCCGCGAUGCGGCAACUGCGUCAAGCACGGCGUGCCGUGCGACUUUGAGAGUCGCGCGCCGCUCGACGACCUGGCCGCCCUCACCCCGGGUGCCGACGACAAGUCUGCCAUGUCGCCCUCGUCCACGUCCGCGACGCCUGCCGCUGCGCCCAAGCCGCUGUCGCCGCAGCAGUCUCCCAAUGCCGUCCCCGCCACGCCCGCGAUACCCCAAGCAGACGUCGCUGUCGUAUCGCCAUCCCCCCGGCAUAUCGACAGGUUCCUCGAGCUCCGGCUGCUGCAUCACUUCACCACCAGCACCGCGAGCACCCUCUUCACUACCCAGCAGCCCACCAACGAAGAUGUUUGGCAACGUGCUGUCCCUCAGAUAGCUUUCCAGGGAAAGGAUUACCUUAUGGACGCUGUCCUCUCCGUCGCCGCCUUGCACCUUCGGACCCAACACCCCAACGACAAGGCUCUCAUCCGGGCUUCGCAUGCCUACGCCGCAUCCACCCUCGCAGAGUACUGCGCGUCGCUCGAGCGCGGCAUCACGGCGGACAACGCAGAGGCGCUCUUCCUCACGGCCACCCUCAUCGCCUUCCAAUCCACCGCCUCUCGGAUAUUCGCCAAAGACGAUGGCGAUGCGGACGCGGCAGAGCCGAACAACCGAUACACGCUGCCAAUGCCUUGGUUCCAUGCAUUUCAAGGCGUAAAAACGAUUGUUGCAUCGUCUUGGCAGUGGAUCAGGAACAGCGAGGUCGUCAAGGCGGUCAUCGACUCCCAGCCCAGCUUCCAGCUGGACCUAAACCCUCGCGGACCAAAAUCUUUCUUUGGCCAUCUUCUAGAUGGGCUAGACGACGAGCUUGCUACGGAGAAUCGAUUUCAAAUUACCGCAACUAGCCAAGCCUACUCGCACGCCGUUAGCGUCCUCAAUUGGGCGCACAAGAACAAGUAUGCGCCGGCAACGCUCGCCUUCCCGGCCAGCGUCUCACGGCGCUUCGUCGAGCUCGUCGAGGAGAAGCGGCCACGCGCCCUUGCGAUUCUGGCCUGCUUCUUUGCGCUCCUCAAGCGCAUGGAUAACGUGUGGUGGCUCGGCGACGUCGCGCGCAGAGAAGUCAUGGGUCUCGUCAGCUUGUUCGAGUCGGGCUCGUCGUGGUGGCGGCACCUCGAAUGGCCUGUACGGAUUGCCCACUGGGAGGGUAGCACCAUCCCGCCCGACGUGUGGGGAGCCGAAUGCGAGGAGCAGCCUCAAGCAGACAAGGGAUUCGUCGAGACCAUGAUGAGCCACAUUGAGCUGCUGACCAAGAUGACGAACCCGGUGGCCGCCCAGACGAGCCCCACGAUGUCUGUCGCGGGGGACUUUGGCCUUACCGCGGCACCUCUCGAUUGA